AUGGUUGUACCGUCGCUUUUGAGCCAUGUAGAGGAGAUCAAUGACCCUAUGGAGAUUGAUUCCAUCAUUGAUUCUAUCAAUAAAGAUCGGUCUGAAAAUAAAUGGGCUUCGUCUCGUUCCCCAUCACUAUCACAAGUCUUACCCAAAUUAGAUUCAAUAUCGUUUGCUUCUCCCAAAGUACAAGAGAUCCUACGACCUCAAGAAGUACUUUCCACGCGGUUUCCUAACAUCGUAAUACUACUUCCUUGGGUGGUGCUUCAAGAGCUGGACGGUUUGAAAUCAGAAACUUCAGCAGCUUGUGGGUACUUGGCCAGACAAGCUCACGAUUUUCUGCUGCAAUGCUUUCGAGCCAGCCUUCCUAACCUACGUGGUCAAAAAAUUCACGAAAGAUGCUCUCCAAAUGAGUCGGGAGAUAAUGCAGUAUUAGAUUGCUGUCUGUAUUUUCAAGAUGAAAAACUCAUCCCUGUCAAUCUUUUGUCGGAUGAUAAAAACCUAUGCAUUAAAGCUGCCGUUCAUCAUGUUUCAUCACAAAAUUACUCCAAAUCCAUAAAUGCGAUAUCUCUAAUCUGUAAUGCUUUCCCCACCAUAGAUGCGUCGGUUCCAUCCGCCAUGUUGGAGCAUCCAACUAUGGAAAUCGACGCUUCUCUCGCCGCUUCAACGCAGCAAAAAAGUCUUUCGUUUACUGAAAACAUUCAACCAAGCUUAGCUAUUGACAUGCCCAUGGAUGCAUCUCGCGACAGGUCCACUUGGGGGUCUCGGUAUGCGCACUUUCCGGCUGAACAAAACCAAAGUACACGACCAACAUCCCCUUCUCAAUACGUUCCAUAUACUUAUACAUUGCUGACAAAGGAACAAAUUUUACAAGCCGCUCAUCCCCGAGCUACUAAAUUAAUUGACCAAAUUACAAAACUUCUAGUGGAAGAAACAGCGUUUUUAUUGACAAGGAUUUUGACCAAACUAUGGGACGAUUAUCGUCUGGCUAUGAAAAAGUUACUAGCUUCUCCCAGUUUCCCACCAGAAAAUAUUCAUGACGUCGUAAAUGAACUCUAUAUCCACUGGUACACUUGCUUCGACGGGUACCUGCCAUCAAGUGAGCGAAAAUUCCUAAAAGCGAAAGCAACCAUGUGGGACGAGUGGUUCAUGUGGGCAGAAACUGGUUUGGGGAAAGGACCUAGAUGUCAAGAAGAGUUGACUGAAGCCAUUUUUUACUGGACAAAUAUCUGGUCGAUCCUGAGUCGCAAGGAAAUCUUGGAAGAUAAAGCUUCCGAAUAUGUUGUUUUUAGAGAAGAAAAUAUAGAAAAAUGGAUUCAACGAUCUAUGCGACCCGCAAUUUUAUCGUGA